AUAUAACAUCUGAAACCAUAAAAUUCCUGUAAGAAAACAUAGGCAGUAAGCUCCUUGGUAUCGGUCAUGGCGAUGUUUUUUUGGAUCAGACUCUGAAGGCAAGAGAAACAAAAGCAAAAAUAAAUGGGACUACAUCAAACUAAAAAGCUUCUGCAGAGCAAAGGAAUGCAUCAACAAUAAAAAGGCAAGCUAUGGAAUGGAAGAAGAUACCUGCAAAUCAUACAAUCAAUAAUGAAUUAAUAUCCAAAAUAUAUAAAGAACUCAUAUAACUCAACAAUAUCAACCAAAAACAACUUGAUUUAAAAGCGGGGAGAGGAGGGCUGAAAGAUACUAAUUUUCAAUUUAGAGACCUGGCGGAGGUAUCUGCGAUUGCAUCUUUUCUGUUUUAGCUACAGUUGUGUUAAUCGAAGUGGUUAAAGAUUUGUUUUCGAACUUCUCUCAAUAAGACUGUGAGAAAUUAAGUAACAGUAAGAAAAAUGUCGGUGACACUGCAUACAGAUGUAGGUGAUAUUAAAAUAGAAGUCUUCUGUGAGAGGACACCCAAAACAUGUGAAAAUUUCUUGGCUCUCUGUCCCAGUAAUUACUACAAUGGCUGUAUAUUUCAUAGGAAUAUCAAGGGUUUCAUGGUUCAAACAGGAGAUCCUACAGGUACCGGAAGAGGAGGUAAUAGUAUCUGGGGCAAGAAAUUUGAGGAUGAAUACAGUGAAUAUCUUAAGCACAACGUUAGAGGUGUCGUAUCUAUGGCUAAUAAUGGCCCAAACACCAAUGGAUCUCAGUUCUUCAUCACCUAUGGCAAACAGCCACAUUUGGACAUGAAAUACACAGUAUUUGGAAAGGUAAUAGAUGGUCUGGAGACUCUAGAUGAAUUGGAGAAGUUACCAGUAAAUGAGAAAACAUAUCGACCUCUUAAUGAUGUACACAUUAAGGACAUAACUAUUCAUGCCAACCCAUUUGCUCAGUAGCUAUACUGGACACGGACAAAAACUUGGCAAAUAUUUGAGGGACAUACCUAUCGUGGUUAGCCAAUUUUUGUUUUUUUGUUUUUAAGGAGGG